CAAUUGCAGUUCUCUCAUAUCCAGCGAUAACGAUAGCUUUGACAGCUGACAUAAACAACUUUCAAAAUGUCGGAAGCAAUUGACGAAAUGUUGGCGGGUCUCGCUGCGAUACGCCAGACUAUGCAAUGGCAAGUCGCCAAGAUCAGCGAGAUCAUGGAGAAGUCCAAUAAGACGCUGCUGCAUCUUGAAACACAAAACAAUCUGCAGACGACAAUUUCGUCACCGCCGCCGACAACGACAGAUGAGGGCAAGAAUGUUUACAACUUUAAGCCAGACUGCGAGCAAUCAAUUGUGAAGAUAUUGGAACAAUUUCAACAGCUAAUGCAACAAACUGUGGGCGGGGAUCACAAUCAAGUUGGAGGCGGCACUCUGGAUGAUUGUUUGGUCUACCGUCAGCGUGCCGAAUAUUUAGGAAGCAGCGUGCGCAAGUUGGUUGCAUUCUGUGACUCCAUUAACCAGAUGAAAUUGAACUUGCAGGAGCAAGAGGAACUGGCCGAAUCGGAUAAAGAAAACGAUGAGGAGUUUUAAUUUAAGUCACGGUUAUUCAAUUGUUGCAAGGAAAACUUGAGCGUGUUCGAUACAUGGAAAUUAAUGUCUAUAUAUGCAAUGAAUCGAUGUACAACUAGUUUUGAAGCCGACCGUGGGAGAAGAUACAAAAAUAGUUUAAUAUAUUCCAUUAAUAUUUUAUUAA